AUGUUAUUGGAAUCAAAUCAUAUCAAUAUACUUUUAUCAUUUAUACGUUCGAUAUCAAAAUCGAAUGAUCCUGAUCAAUUAUUAUCCUAUAAUAAACGUGCAUCUAUUUUACUUAAUUUAUUAUUAAAACAAGUGCGUGAUCAUAUACAAUUAGAUCAUCGACUUAGAAUUGAUCAACGUCUAGAAAAUAUUAUUAUUUCAUUAGCUUAUUUAGCUGUUGAACUUACAGAUGCAUGCAAAAUUCGAGCAGAAAUUGUACAAGUUUUAAUUGAUUUUUAUGAAAAAAUACCUACGGCUAAAUAUUAUGAAACAGCUUCAUUUAAUUAUAAACAUACUUUACCACCAGCUGAAGUAUUCGGUUUUUGUAUUCAUACAGCUUUAACUGAAUUAGCAUCAACUUCAGAAGAUUUACAAAUGAGAGAUAAAAUAAUGUCUCUUGUUGCUGAUAUUAUUCGACAAAUAGUUGAAAGUUUACGUAAAGCAGCACAUGAACAUUCGAAAGAGAGAUAUCGAUCAAUUUAUCGAUUUGAAGUACCAUUUUUAUUUGGAACUCUUCGAUCAAUCGGACGAAUAUCAAUAACAGAUCAAAGUUUGAUGUCACAAUUGUUUCCAAUAAAUUUCAUUUCUUCUACUCAAUCAACUUAUAUUGAACAAAUAGAAUCAAUAAAUACAUCAACAUCAAAUAUAAAAACUCCUACAAUAGUAUUUCGUCCAAUAAUUCCAAAAGUUUUAACAAAAAAUGUUUUAUCAUCAACAAUUGAUAAUUUACAAAAUUUGUUACAUUCCAAUACAAAUUUAAUUUUAUCAACUAAUGAUCAACAAGAUUCUUCUACUAGUUAUAAUCAUCUUAUAUCAAUAUAUCGAUCACUUUCUUCGGUAGAUAGUAAUGAUCUUCCGAUGUUUGAUGAUGAUUUUCCAGCAAAUUAUUUAUUUUUUUCCGUCAGUGGUUCAACCUAUCGUCGUCAAAUGAAUUCUUCAUCUUAUAUAAAUUCUGAUCGAUUUCGUGUUUGUCUUACUGUACCUAUAUUAGAAUAUUUACAUGAAACUUUAAAAUUAAUUGAUAAUCGUGUUGUUAAGUAUUUGGAUAAAGUAGCUUUAAUUGAAUAUGAUUCCAUGAAUCGAACAAAUAUGUGUACAAAAAGUUCAAAACUUCCAAUACGUCAUUUUCCUUACACGUAUUUUGGUGAUAUACUUAUUUUAUGUAUUAUAAAAUUGUUUCGUGAUAAUCUUGAAUUACUUGCAAGGUUUAAUGAACGAUUAUCAUCAAUAACAAAAUCCACUUAUUUAUUUGUACAACAAUUAAUAGCAUUAAAAUUAUUGGAUUUAGAUAAUGAUGAAUAUGAAAAAAAUUCACAUCGUUAUCGAACACGUGUUGAUGCAAAUGCAGCAGCACUGGAAUUACUUUGUUUAUCAUGUGAUGAUGAAAUAGAAGCGGAAAAAUUAUGUACAAAAUGUGCGGAAAAAUUCAGUCAAGAAUCAUUAAGUAUUAAAUUAUUAGCAGCACAAAUACCAUUAUUAGUAACAUCAUUGGAGGUAUUAAGUCGAUUAGCAGAAAAACAUAAAUCAUUAGCAAUAUAUACAAUUCGUGCAUUAUGUGAUUUUUUAACUGAACCAUCACCAGUACUUUAUAAAUUAUAUCGACAUACAAGUUUAAAAAUUGAUGGACAAGAACGUGCAUUUUUUUUUAAUGAACAAGCUAAAUCUUCGAAAGAAUAUCGAGCAUUUCAAGUAUUUGAAAAAUUACGUGAUGCUGCAAUUGAAGGACUUUGCAAAUCAUUAUUUAUUCGUUUGGAUUCAGAUCCAAAAUGUGUUGAAGCAUUACUUGUACAACUUUCAGCAAGACUUGCUUCGGGACAUGUUAAUGAUAAACAAACAUCUUUGGUAUGUCAUAAUACAAUACUUACAUUGGGUCAUAUGGCAAUAGCAUUAAAAGAUGUUCAACAUACACAACAAUCAAUUUUAGCUCGAUUUCAACAACGUCUUGGUGAUCCACCAUCACCAUUAGAUAUACUUAUUAUAAAUCAAAUUGGUUGUAUGUUGAUUUCAAGCCUUAAUAAUUCAUCAAAUUUAUCAAUAAAACAAUCCUAUAUUCCAUCGUUAAAUUUAUUUUUAAUAAAACAUUCACGUCGUCUACCAUUUCUAAUUAAUAAAUUUAAAAUACCAUUUAUAAAAUUAACUCAAACACCAGUUGAAUUUAUAUUUGAUCGAACAACGAUGUUAAAAAGAAAAGAUAAAAAAAAUCUGAAAAAAAUUUUCAAUCAUAUUUCUUGUCUAUCCAAUGGGCCACAAACAACUUAUGAAGAAAUUCUUGGACUUUUUACUGAAAUAAUUAUUGAUUCGACUUAUUCUACAUAUGAUAAUAUGAAUACAAAUACAGUAACAGGUCGACGUACAACUAAAUAUAAACAAGCAUCAAAUGCUGUUAUUAAUGCAUUAGCUAAUGUAGCUGCUAAUAUUCAAGGAUCAUUAGAAUUAAUAAAUUUAUUAACAAGUAUUCUUGAAUUAUUUGUUCAACUUGGUUUAAGAGCAAAAGAUGCAAGUGAAAAAUCAACAAAAAAUGCUCUUAAAGCAUCAAAUACUGCUGGUAGUCUUGGUGUAUUAAUACCUGUUAUAGCUGUUGUUAUGCGUCGUAUAUCAGUUAUUGUUGAACCAUCUGAACGUGUAUUUCGUUUAUUUCAACAUUUUUGGUUUUAUUGUGUUCUAUUUGGUUUUGCUGAUUCGGAACGUGGUUUAUGGCCAUCGGAAUGGCAUGAUUGUGUUCGAUUAAUUGCUACAAAAUCUCCAACAUUAGUAGUUCAAAAUGGUCCAUAUGUACCAUUAAAAUCUGCUAUGCCAUUAAAACCUGAACAAAUUGCUAAAGAAGAUAAUAAUGAAUUAAAAUCACAAUUAAAUAAUAUAUUUUCUGCAUAUCCAUCAGCUAAACCAUUUAUUGAUAGAUUUGGUUUUGAACAAAGUGCUUAUACACUUUCAGUAUAUUAUCUUGAAACAUUCAGAGUUUGUCAUUCACUUGUACCAUCAGCCUUUCAAUGUAUAUUUUCAUAUCUUGAAGAUCCUGGUUUAUUAAAAGAUAAAUAUGGUUUAUGGACAUUAAUGACAGCUGUUGGAAGAAAAAGUUUUGAAAUUUAUGUUAAUGAAAUGAAAAAAAUGCCAAAAAGUCCUGAACGAAAUAAAAAUCUUGAAGCUCAAUGUCAAUUUUUUAUGGUUAAACGAACACAUGUUCGAGCUGAAGUACGCGAAGAAGCCAAACUUUAUCUUUAUUCCUUAUUAUCAAAAAAUGCAUUUCCACAUUUAUUCUGUAAUUCAGUCGUUAUUGAAACAUUAAUGAAUAUUAUUAAUAUAUUAUCUUAUUCAUUAAAUGAAGAUAAUUUACAUAAAGUAACUGCACAUCAUCGUGUACCAAAUACAAAUUAUACAAUACAAUUUGCUGAUACACAUGAAAAACGAUUGGAACUUUUUAAUGCAUUUGUGGAUUUUGGUCGAACAUUUAUUGAACAAGCAUUAAUGAUGUCACCAACAUUACUUAAAUCAUGUAUUCAACAAUAUAUGCUUAAACUUGAACAAGGAAGAAAGAUUUCAAAUGCAGCUGGACAACAUAAAGGUUUACAUGUUAUGUGGGAAUAUUUAAGUACUUAUUCAAAAGCAGCUGAUGCAAAUGCAACAACUGGAGGAAAUAAAUUAUAUUAUCGAACAGAUUUUGCUGAUUAUAUGGUAUCAUUAGGUGAACGAUGUUCAGCAGUUGGUUUUGUUGAAGGACUUGAUCGUAGUGAUUAUCGAACAGCAAUAACUCAAGUAAAAGGACAAAUGGAAACCGCUAUUUAUAAUCGAUUGAGUUCACUUAAUAAAUAUAAAUCAUUACAACAACGCCGUCGUCGAAUGUCAACUGUAGCACCUAUUAGUGAUAAAGGCAUUGUACUUGAUUUUGAAGAACGAAUUGCAAUAUUCGACAGUGAUUUUCGAAAUGGACUUUUCAAAUUAACAGCAAUGUUGAUCCAUAAUGUUGAUGAUUCAGAAGAAAAUGAACAUGAAUUACGUUUUACAGCCAUUGGUGCUAUACCUAACGGAACUAGUAUACAGAAAGAAAAUGCACUUGAUCGAGAUAUGGUUCAUGCAAUGACAUGGCUUCCAAUAAAAAUGUUUACAACAUCAGUAAUGGAAGGAGCAGUUGAUUGUUGGUGUUGGGCAAUAAUAGGUCGACCUGAACUUGAAUUAUUAAUUGUUGAAGAAAUUUAUAAAGUUUGGGAAAAAAUAAUAAGUGAUCGACAUGGUCUUUAUUCAAUUGAUAAACCAGAACCAUCACCACUUGCACCAUCAGAAAAAGAAGAAUUAAAACCUAAACCACCAUCUGUAAAUCCACAUCGAAUAUUUUUAAAAUUUAUUGAAGAACGUGUAUUUUUAUGUAUGCAUAAAGCUGAUAUUGAAAUGGAAAUGCUUGUUGAUUUAUUACAUAAAUCUCUUUCAUUAAUAUUAGAAAAUCCGAAAGCACCAAUGACAAAACAUAUUGGAGCUGUUGGUCUUCGAUUUCGUUUUUUAUAUUUAGCUUUAUAUCUUGUACAAAGUGAUUAUAUAUCUGAUGGUGUUAGUAAAUUUUUACUUCGAGAAAAAAUUUAUCAUACAGCAUUUGAUUAUUUUACUGUUCAUCAUCAUUGUCCAACUCAAACACAUAAUGAAUUAAGAAGUGAUAUUCGAACAUUAAUUCGAUUUUUUUCAUUAGUUCAUGGUGAAAAGAAAUUUUGUAAUGAUUCACCCGCAACAAUUGAUAGUAGUAAUUCAAUGCAGAAUGGUCUUAGUAAUGAAGCAACUGAUGCCGCGUCAUUAUAUGGUACAACAAGAGGUGGAGCAACAACUGGAUGGAUUAAUGCAUUAGCUGGUAGCACUGCUGGAGCUGUACAAGGUGUUAGUGGACAAUCAACAUUAAGUCGAAAAUCUGGUACAUCAGCAAAAAAUACUGAUAAAAGUAAUGAUGUACGAAUAUUAUCUCGAGAUCUACUUAAAAAACGUAAUCUUCUUUUAACAUUACUUGCUUAUGAAAUUGAACGUUUGGAAACAUUUCAUAAUCCAUUGGGACGUACAGAACUUCAAUUUGAUCAAGAUACACAAUCAACAUAUACAAAUUGGAAACUAUAUGAUAUGAAUGGAAUUACUAAUAAAGCUUGGCAAGAAUAUGGACGUUUAGCUUGGUUUAUUUCACCUGAUUUAGCUAUUAGUCUUUAUUUUACUAUUCCAAAAGAAUCUUUACGUCUUGAAAUUCAACGUCUAGUCAAAUCAUAUCCAUUACAAGUUCGUCAUAUACCAGAAGCACUUAGCAUAUUUACAUUAACUUCCGAUAAUGAUCGACAAUGCGAAACAACUCAUAUAUUAACUUGGGCUUCAAUUAAUCCUGUUGCUGCACUAUCCUAUUUUGCUAGUGCACGUCUUAAUCAAGUUGCUAAUUCCUAUACAAUUCAAUUUGCUUCACGAAUGUUAUAUACAACAAAAUCUGAAGCACUUAUUUUAUAUAUUCCUCAAUUAGUACAAGCUGUUCGUUAUGAUGAAAUGGGUUUUGUACGUCGUUUAAUAUUAGCAUUAUCAAAAAAAUCAAAUUUAUUAGCACAUCAACUUAUAUGGAAUAUUCGAACAAAUACAUAUAAAAAUGAAGAUACACCUGAUAAUGAAAUGCAAGCUAAAUUAGAACCAAUAGCUCGACAAAUUGAAAUUGAUUUUACAUAUGAUGCUAGAAAUUUUUAUGAACGUGUUUUUACUUUUUCGGAUCGACUUACUAAAGUAUCUGAUACAAUUAAGAGUUAUCCAAAAGGAAAUUCACGUAAAGAAGCUUGUCUACAAGAAUUACGAUCAAUUGGUAGUGAAGUACCACCUGGUGUUUAUCUACCAUCAAAUCCUGAAGCAACUGUUAUUUCCUUAAUACCAGAAAGUGGAGCACCAAUGCAAAGUGCGGCUAAAGCACCAUAUCGUGCAACAUUUCGUGUCCAAACUGUUGGUAUUGAACAAGUUGAACAUUGUGCUGAUCCUGAUUAUGAAUUAAUGCAAGAUUUUAGUAAUCAAUAUUCUCAAAUGGCUAUUUUUAAAGUUGGUGAUGAUGUUCGACAGGAUAUUUUGGCUUUACAAUUAAUGCGUCUUUUUCAAAAUAUAUUUGAACAAGAAGGUUUAGAAUUAUAUUUAUAUACAUAUCGUGUUAUUGCUACAAGCCCUGGUUGUGGUGUUAUUGAAUGUGUACCUAAUUCUCGUUCACGUGAAGAUAUUGGUAGAAAUACAGAAGUUGGUUUAUUUGAAUAUUUUCGACAUGUUUAUGGAAAAGAGGAUUCAAUUAAAUUUCAAAAAGCACGUCGAAAUUUUGUUAUGAGUAUGGCUGCAUAUUCAAUAGCACUUUUUAUGCUUCAAAUAAAAGAUCGUCAUAAUGGAAAUAUUAUGAUUGAUGAUGAAGGACAUAUUAUUCAUAUUGAUUUUGGUUUUAUGUUUGAGUCAUCACCUGGUGGUAAUAUGCGCUUUGAGCCAGAUAUUAAAUUAACUGCAGAAAUGAUUCUUAUUAUGGGUGAUCUUACUGCUCCAGCUUUUCAAUGGUUUAAAGAAUUAUGUAUUAAAGGUUAUUUAGCUUUAAGACCAUAUCGUCAUCAUUUUGUAACUCUUGUUGCAUUAAUGCUUGAUACUGGUUUGCCCUGUUUUCGUGGUCAUACAUUAGAACAAUUAAAUGCUCGUUUAAAACCUGAUUCAAGUGAAGCUGAAGCAGCUCGUUAUAUGCAUGAAGUAAUUAAUCGAUGUGCACAUAGUUUAAGAACACGUCUAUAUGAUUAUAUUCAAUAUCAACAAAAUUCAAUACCUUAUUAA